AUGCAAGCCCUUCGAACACUUCCCAUCCUCAACAGACCUUCGCGACCAUCCUCCCCCGCACCUCCCACCGUCCAAUCUACCACCGUUUCCGGUACUGCCGUCGUACCUAAUGGAGAUGGUAAACCCAGAUCUCGCUCACUCAGUCGACAAGUGGCCGAUAAAGUGUCAUCACUCCAACAUCACAAUGCCAAUGGAACCGCUAAUCUCCCAGCGACUGUAGCCCCUUCACAACCCUUGGGCGCUACUGGAAAGAAAGGUCUUUCUCCCCCUGGGAGCAGACCCGUAACUCCUCGUAGUUCUGCCUCGCCCCUUCCCGGCGUCGCGGCGCCCGCCGGCACCGUCCCCGAACCUGCUGGCAUUCAAGCUAAACACAUGGAUGUCAUCGGCUUGAGACUUAACGAAGUCGUCAAUAAAGCUUGUGCUGGCGUUGACUUCAAAGCUAAGAAAGGGUUUAAGAAAGGAAAUGGAUGGUCAGUAGGAGAAGCUGUCGUCAAGGAGUUGCCUUUCCCUCCCAACGACGCUUAUCUCAUUCGAGCCGUCCUUCGCACUGCCGUCAAAGCUUUGUCCAUCUAUACCACUCGACUCGAGACUUUGCUCCUUCCCGCCCUCACCGAUCCUGCUUUCGGUAGUGCACUCAACAUCAAUGCUCAAGCACCUGCUGCCCAUCCACUCAACCCAUCUCAGUACUUUGUCCUUUCAGUCGCUCACGCAGCAUGGGAGACCUGCGAGGUCUUAGAGCAAACUCUGGAGACCGGUAAUUGGCCCCGCUUCGUUCAAGAGACUCUUCGACCAGUGAUGGACAAGCUCGAUUUGGUCGUCAGUAAAGUCAUCCAACCUCUCAUGCUUGGACUCAAACGAGACUUGGUAGCUAGUUUAUCAAGAAACGAGGGUACUUCCCCAUCAGGUAGUAAGGUUGUCGGACUAGCUUCUAUCCCUGCGCCUACCACAGCCCCUACUCCGAGCGUGACCAAAGAACAUUCUUCCGCUCCUGUGUCUCGCCUUACCAAGGAAAUCUCAUCGGGCGGCACUUCUCGUCAGCUCGCUAUUCCUCCUUGCCUCCAACACUUUGCCAACCGCGUUGAUGGAGCGAGAAAAGUCUUUGAGCUUGUCGCUGCGCCCUGUGCGGACGAUGGCGAAGGUUGGAUUACCGGCGUCAUGGUAGCUGUCAUUUGGAAGGGCAUGUGUAUCGUAUCAGAAAAAGACCUGGGUGGAUCACCCAAUCGACCUCCCAGUCCAGGUAGUGUAGCCAAAGCUUUAGCCGGAUUAGGCAAAGAGAAAGAGACGACCCCGACCGUCGUCGCCUCUCCAUCUCUCGGGGGAGUCACCGCCAAACUCACUUCUUCAUUGUCAAUUAUACCCUCUCGAUCUCACUCGCGACCACCUUCUCCACCCCGAGGUGCCCAACAACUUCAUCCUGCCACUCACGCAUUGAUGUCGCUCGAGGGACUCGUCAAGAGACUUGUCGGUGGAUUAGUACAAGCUCCCACUACACCUUCUGCACCCCAAGAUCCAAAUGCUACCGAGCACAUCGCCCGCGAAGCCCUCCACGAAGCUCUGGAAGCGCUGGCUUCUUUCCGAAUCAUCUCCAAUGCAAUGUACAAAGGUGCUUCGUGCUCUACUAGGGUAUUGGCAAGUACAAGGAGAUUAAGGGAUGAUAUUGAUGAUCCUGUUGAAGAAUCUUUGGACGAUGCCAUGGAAGAUUUACCUUCAGUAACUUUGUUUACCAUCUUACUUCGUCAAGCCAAUACCGCUCUUGGUGGCUUACCAUUAGGCACUGAUGAGAAAUCGGCUGCUUCUUCCGGAGGAUACAAGAUCAGACACCCCGCUGAAAUCUGGGGAUGGACUGUGGUGGAGUACGAGCGACAAGUUUUAAGUGGUUUUAGUGCUGCUGAGGAAUGGGGAAGAAGAUUCGCUCUCGCAAUCAAAGCUGAUUUGGAGAGGGUGUUGAGUCAAUUGGCUUCUCAGUCUGUUGGAUUUGCCGAGAAGCCCACUAGGGAAGUUCUGGAGGCUGUGGAAUGGGUGAAAGCGCUGGGAGUAGCUUGUGAAGCUAGAGUAGGAGUCAAAUUUGGUGGAUGCGUUUGA